GGGUCUCUUAAAAGCCCAUUAAGAAAAAUCUUAUCCAAGAGCGAAGUCCAUGUGCGUCUUCCUUUCAUAUGGCGAGCGCCGUCGUCUCGGCAGCGUUUCGAUUCCCGUUCGCUACCCGCCCAAUCUCUGUUCCGGCGGUGCGAAUUAGGUUAUAUCAUUCUACGAUUUGGUCUGCUCAUCUCCGAGGGAUCACAACGGCUUCGUCCAUGAGCCAACAGACUGGCGUAAACGGCGCCGUCGCCGAUGCCUCUCGUAACGACGAGAAAUCGGCGGAGAAUCCCGUCGAGGACGUCGUGGUGCAGUACGUAGUGCUUCGACGAGAUCUGAUAGAUUCGUGGCCACUUGGUAGCGUGGUGACGCAGGGAUGCCACGCGUCAGUGGCGGCGAUCUGGUCGUUCAAGGACGAUCCGGUGACUCUUCUGUAUUGUGAUCCUGAGCACAUCGAUUCUAUGCACAAGGUGACUCUGGAGGUGAAAGGGGAAACGCAGAUGAUGAAUUUGUCAGAGAAGCUGAAAUCAGGAGGAAUCUCUCAUAAGCUAUGGAUGGAGCAGCCGGAGAAUAUACCGACUUGUAUCGCUACAAAGCCUUAUCCCAAAUCUCAAGUCUCUCCUUUCUUCAAGAAACUCAAGCUUUGCAAGUGAUAUAUUCCAAUUUCUAAAAUCUCAUUUCUGUUUGCUAUAAUGAGCUGAAUUUUCAUAAUCUUUUGAUUCACACAAAUGGCGAGAACAGCAUAAAAGAGAAGA